CGUCUACUGCGCAUGUUCAGGUAAGAUCCGGACAUCGAGGCCACACCAGAGCACAGAAUGACUGAUGCCGUCGUCGAGCCAGUCGACGCGGAAAGCUCCAUUUCUAUCCUUCAUCUGGCAGACGAAUUAUUGGAAAUGAUAUUCGCGUGUCGCCAGCUCGACCACCGCGACGUCGUAGCUCUGGGUGCCGUUUGUUCGCGUUUCUGGGCGAUAAGCUGCAGUCGCGAGCUGUGGAAGAGAAAGUCUCUCGACAGGUGGAGAGUUUGGAGAUUCGAUGCCGUCGACAGUGGCGUCGAUUGGAAGGCCGUCUUUCACCGACGAUUGUACUGGCAAGAGCUCUUGUAUCCGAUCAUCAGGGAGGUGGCCGCUCUGAAUUUCUCACGACAGGAUGUAUCAUACGACACGAUGCUGCCGGUCGACGACAUACUCCGACACCGAGCGACGGAUGCGGACGGCAACUGUGCUGUUCCUGAGGGGUUGAGCGAUACUCUGGGAGAAAUUUUGAAUUCGGACGGAAGUGAUUGUGAUCUGACGAUGAAAUACUAUGCUGGUCAUGUGAGAGACUAUGUAACGUCAUUUCAAGUCGAGAAAGACACGAGAGCGCUUUGCCGUUUGCCAGCGGAGGAGAUACAGUUGGAGAAAGGUGCAAUACUUUUGUCUCAGUGGCAGAAACUCUCGACCAACGUGAGACCCGACGACGUCUAUAAACAAUUAGAUGCAAUGGCAAACAGAGUUCACGAGUUGUUAAUCCUACAGUGUGACGAUACUGAGAACAACCGUCAUCGCACUUUGAGGCAACAGAACGACUGUUGUGCCACAAAAAUUCCUUUUGAAAAAUCAAGUGACUACAACUCAUGCUAUGUUUCUCAAUCGUGUCAGAUGUUUGGUGUACGGUCGGUGUUGAUCGUGCUAAACAGAGUGAUGUUUGAAGAGUGGCAGUUUGUUGGCAACACACAGGAUUACUACUCUCCGUCUAAUUCAUACAUUGAUGAGGUCAUUGAAAAAAGAACAGGCAUGCCAAUUUCUCUGUGUAUUAUUUAUGCGGCUGUUGCACAGAGACUAGGCGUCAGGAUAGAACCGGUAAACUUUCCGCAUCAUUUCCUUGUACGUUUCUGUGAGAGUCCUUCCAAUGACGCUCAAGUACCUGUGCCAGUCUAUGUUGAUGUUUUCAAUGCUGGUCGUUUUCUGACGGCAGCACAAUGUGUUGACAAAUUUUCUGUGGCAGGGAUGCACUAUAUGUCAGAAGACCUGUUUUUUGUUCCUCCUCCUCAACAGGUAUUUGCAAGAAUGGUGAGAAAUGUUUUGAAUUACUAUCAGAGUGCCUUCACGAUGGACACUAGCACAACUAUUCAGCGUUUGCUGCAUUUUCUGAAUUUUAUUGAGCCUGAUAAUUUGCAGAAUGCAAUCCUACUGUGUACAAUCAAUGUACAUCUCAGAGUAAAUGGUAGGCAGAUCAUUGACAUGCUAAAUUCAAUACCAUCUAUGAGUGAAGAAAUCGUGACGCUCAAAGAGCACGCCGAUGUGAUCUUGAAGGAAAGCUGCCGGCUGCCAGAAGUUGUAGUCAAGCGAAGAGCUAACCCUCAACACCUGUAUGUAACCUAUCGUGUGGGACUCGUUAUGCGGCACAAGCGCUACGACUACAUUUGUGUAAUCUAUGGAUGGGACCCAUACUGCCGAAUGAGCAGAGCGUGGCAAACUCAGAUGGGUGUCCACCUACUCACACACAAAGACCGGCAACCGUUCUAUAGUGUAUUAGUCGAAGACUUGUCGAUAAGAUAUGCAGCACAAGAGAGUUUGGAGAUUGCUCCUGCAGAGGCCGUGAAGCCAAAUCUUCAUCCUCGUGUCGGCAAAUACUUCAGUGCUUUUGAUUCUCACAGGUAUAUACCCAAUGUGGAACUGGCUAAACGAUACCCUGAUGAUGUGUAAAUAGAUUGACUGGUUUUCUUUCUUGUUAUAUGUACUGUAAGAUACGCGUACGAUGCAUACUUGCUUGAAUAUUGCUGACAGACGCAACUGUUAAAUAGUGCACAUAAUAUGAACAAGGACUGUAGUGGUUUACUAUUUGAGGCUCGUGUUCGGAGUAGCCUUGACUGAUGUUGAAUGAAUCGAGGUUUUUUAUUGCUUGUAUUUGGUAGUAAUUAUAGUCUGUUAAUACUAAAUACAGCUUUACAG